CGGUCCCCCCUUGCGCUCGACCGAGGUGCUAUUGUCUCGUUUCCUGUGGCCAGGCAAAAAAGACUCCCUCGAGCCACUUAUAUUCGCCCCACGUGCGAACACGUCGACAUCCACAAACAGCACGCACCCCAUAGACACAGACGCGCUCAAGCCUUGAGCCCGAGCCAGGACGCGCACACAGUGAACAGUGCGCGCGGUGGAUUUGACGCGUUCCCGACAGCAUAUCCAAAGCGGAGCGAGUCGUCGGAGUUAAAUGAUAGUUACGACCGCAAGGUUUUUUUAUGUCUGAUUUCAGUGAAGGCUCGUCAAUUAUUAUCAUUUGGUCGGUAUUUUUGCUCUCGUCGGCACUGGAGUCAAAAGAAAAAGAGUUUGGACUAUCGCAGACUCACGCAAAGUUUAUGAACUUAUGUCAGUAUUUUCAUUGAUCAUUUUAAUUGCCUAUGGAGGUGUUCUGUUGACAGCUGCACCGCUGCUCUGCUGCCAUACAACCAGAGGAGAACACAGCCGGCGGACCCUCCUGCAUCCUGAGUGUGUCUGCGUGCGUUUGCUUUUACAAGCGUCCAUGAUGGCUUGACUGGUGGACCCUUCAUCGUCCCCCCCACCAACUGCAACCGUUAGGGAUCCGUUUCUUACGACCUCCCUGCACACCUGAUCAGAGGACGCUCUCCCUCUCACUCUUCCUCUCUCCGUCUCUCUCUCUCCCGGGAAAGCGAGCGUCAUGGCUAGCCUGGUGAUCAACGAGACGGGCAUGGAGGACUGCGGUAUCGACGAUUCCUUCAAGUACAACCUGUACUCGGUGGUCUACAGCGUGGUCUUCGUCCUGGGCCUGGUGACCAACUGCGCCGCCCUCUUCGUCUUCUGCUUCCGCAUGAAGAUGUGCAACGAGACCACCAUGUUCAUGACCAACCUGGCGCUCUCCGACCUGGUGUUCGUGAUCACACUGCCCUUCAAGGUCUUCUACAACGUCAACCGCCACUGGCCGUUCGGGGACGGGCUGUGUAAGAUCUCGGGCACGGCCUUCAUCACCAACAUCUACGGCAGCAUGCUCUUCCUCACCUGCAUCAGCGUGGACCGCUUCCUGGCCAUCGUGUACCCCUUCCGUUCGCGCUCCAUCCGCACUCGCCGCAACGCCGCGGUGGUGUGCGCCGCCGUGUGGCUGACCAUCGUGGGCGGAGGGAUAUCCGUCACCUUCUUCUCCACCAUCAACCGGGCCAACCGCGCCACCACCUGCUUCGAGGGCUUCUCCAAGAAAACCUGGCAGAACUACCUGUCCAAAAUCACCAUCUUCAUAGAGGUCUUUGGAUUCCUGCUCCCCCUGCUGGCCAACCUGGUGUGCUCCUCCCUGGUGCUGCAGACACUCCGCCAGCCCGCCUCUGCGGGCCACGGCUGCGACAGCAAGAGGCGCGUCCUGCGCAUGAUCCUGGUCCACCUGGGCAUCUUCAUCAUCUGCUUCGUGCCCUACAACUCCAUCCUCUUCCUCUACGCCCUGGUGCGCACCCAGGCACUGGCCAGCUGCAGCGUGGAGCGCUUCGCCCGGACGCUCUACCCCAUCACGCUGUGCAUGGCCAGCCUGAACUGCUGCCUGGACCCCGUGGUGUACUACUUCACCUCCGAGAGCUUCCAGAAGAGCCUCACCGCGGGGGGGAAGGGCUCCGGGGCGCGGCACGAGAGCAUCCCCCGCAGCGAGACCCACCUUAGUGCGGACACAGACACCCAGGGGGGCACGGGCACGCUCACCAGGUACACCACGCCCGAGCCCGCCAGCAACGGCAAAGAGACACGGCAGUCUGAGAGCCAGUUCUGAUGGGGCGAGGCGGGAGAAGAGGAGAACGGACCGGAGACGGGAUGAAUAUGUAAGGAUGCACCCCUGAAUGACCUCGAAACUCCUCGAAAGAGUUGGACCCGGAGCUUGAGAAAAUAAGGCUGUGAGCCGGUGGUUUUUAGAGCGGGUUGACAAACACAUAACUCAGCAGAUUAGUCGUCCUUGGGUAAAUCCUGAGGUUCGGCCUGGGCUUUACGGAUUACGAAAUGGAAGGGAGGAGGAAUGCGUGAAAGGAGUUAGGUGUUUACCGUCGGGACUAGAGGUGGUACCAUGCCAUAACAAGCCUUGUGAUGGACCGGGGUCAUGGUAGCUCCAGGGUACCUCCAGGAAAAAUAUAAGUAUUAUUAGGCUUGUACAGAGAUAUACAGGGCAAAUGACUACUACACAUGCACACAAUACACCGCACACAAAUGCACUGGAUUAUUGCGAAUAAGAUUUGAGAUUGUUAUUUUUGUUUGUCCUUGUCGCUGCGACAUGCCACAACGACCAUGCUUGUAACAAACACACACUAAGCCUGCAGCCUUUUUUUUUAUUGUUGUAUUGUUCAAGCUGUAUCCUGGGAUUGAGAGUAGUAGCUUCAUACAAGGACACCGCCUCGCGUUACGAGUUUCAUUGCUCCCCGGCCAGCUGACCAUCCUGACCUGUGGAGGAGAGUGACUCACAUGGAAGGAGCCAUUAAACCUCUAAACUCAA